AUGUCUGUUUGGAUGCUCCUUAGGAAUACUCGGACUAUGAAAAUGCAGAGAUUGAGUUUGGCUUUCAAGAUGAUUACGAAGUUUGUUCUAAACUUGGAAGGGGAAGUUAAGAGAGCAAAGAUAAAAAGAGAAAUAAAGGUGCUGGAAACAUUAAAGGGUCAUUCAAACAUCAUUGAAUUAGUCGAUUAUGUAGUUGAUCCCUCAACUAAAACACCUUCUCUAGUACAAUUUCUUAGCAUAACUUCAUUUUAUCAGGUUUUAUCUUAUGUCGAAGCUCUAGAUUUUAGAGAACUUUAUCCGAUAUUAACAAAAGAGGAUAUUAAAAUCUACAUAUAUUAAAUUCUCUAAGGUCUUGAUUACGCUCAUUCAAAAGGAAUAAUUCAUAGAGACAUUAAGCCUGGUAAUGUUCUGAUUAAUCAUAAAGAGAAGAAAUUAAAAAUUGCUGAUUGGGGGUUAGCAGAUUUUUACACUCCUCAUAAAUCAUAUAAUGUGAGAGUUGCCUCUCGAUAUUUCAAAGCUCCAGAACUUUUGAUUGGACUUAAUGAGUAUGAUUAUUAGUUAGAUGUUUGGAGUGUUGGAUGUAUGCUAGCUGGAAUGGUCUUUGCAAGAGAACCAUUCUUUAAAGGAGCUGACAACGACGACUAAUUAGUCAAAAUUGCAAAAGUAAUGGGCACCUAACCCAUUUAUAAUUACUGUAAUAAAUUUGGCAUCGAAUUGGGGUCUUACUUUGACGAAAAUCUUCAGAAGUAAUUUUUCAUUAAUCCUAAUAAGCCUUAUAGUUUCAAAACUAAACCGUGGGAUCGUUUUGUAAAUAAUAUAAAUGAGGAAUUAAUUGAUGUAAAAGUUUUCGAUUUGCUUGAUAAAUUGCUUGUUAUCGAUCAUACUGAUAGAAUUACAGCCUCGGAAGCCCUUUAGCAUCCAUAUUUCUCAACAAUUAGGUAUAAAAUGAUCUGA